CUGGGAACAGAAACCUCACAGCUAACCUCCCAUAGACUUCACACACUUAAUACUCGGCAUUGUGAUGAUCACAGAAGCCAAGGCCUCCUAAAAGAAGACAGCUCACAUUUGCCUGCCUACUACCAGCUUUUUAUCUUUCUCUUGACCACUCAGAACUUCAGUCUUCCUGCUAUUGCCUUCCAGCAUCAUGGAGAAAGUCCAAUACCUCACUCGCUCUGCUAUCAGGAGAGCCUCGACUAUUGAAAUGCCUCAGCAAGCACGGCAAAAUCUCCAGAAUCUUUUUAUCAAUUUCUGUCUCAUCUUGAUCUGUCUCCUGCUGAUCUGCAUCAUUGUGAUGCUUCUAUGAAGUACGGCUGCCACCUCCAGAUCUGUGUGACAUGCCAGCUCAGCUUUAAACCUAGCACCUCCUCAUGGGGGGAAAUACAGCCUGCUCCCUGCCUAGAAUGUC